ACCCACUAAAACAUUAUUUUUAGAAAAAAAAAAAUGUUUGAUAUUUUAGGAUAUUUUUUAAUAAUCUGACACAAUAACCAAAAAAAAAAAAAGUGAAGAAGAAAUAAUAAUAAUGGGUUCGUGGAAUACGAUACCGAUGGAGAUAACAUACGAAGCUUUGGGUUGGAUUGCUUUUCUCUGUUGGUCACUCUGUUUCUAUCCACAAGUCAUCUUAAAUUUUCGUCGAAAAAGUGUUGUUGGGUUGAACUUUGAUUUUAUAGUGCUAAACUUAACAAAGCACACUUCUUAUCUCAUCUACAACGUCACUCUUUACUUCAGUUCCACUGUCCAAAACCAGUAUUUCCAGAAAUAUGGCUUCGGCCAGAUGAUACCUGUGGCAGCUAAUGAUGUGGCUCUCUCUAUACAUGUUACACUCUUAACAAUAAUUCUCUUAUUCCAAAUAUCAAUCUAUGAAAGAGGAGACCAAACCAUCUCCAAGAUUGCUCUUCUAAUAGUCUCUGUUGUGUGGUUAUUUGCUGGGGUUUGCUUUUUCAUUGCUCUCCAAACCCAAUCUUGGCUUUGGUUAAUCUCUAUAUUCAACAUAAUUCAAGUUUGUAUGACAGUAAUCAAAUAUACACCUCAGGUAUUCAUGAACUUCAAGAGGAAAAGCACUGAGGGGUUUAGUAUUGGUUAUGUUCUAUGUGAUUUUUCUGGUGGAGUUGCAAAUUUUGCACAAAUGAUUGUACAAUCCUUAGAUCAAAAUUCUUGGGUAAACUUCACUGGAAAUAUAGGGAAAAUACUUCUAUCCUUGAUUUCUAUGUUCUUUGACCUUGUAUUCAUAUGCCAACGUUUUCUGAUCUAUUCCACUGGGAAAGUGAAACUCCCAUCUGAAACCAGCAUUGGAAAACAACCACUUAUUAUUAGUGAUCACACAGAGGAGGCUGACAAUGUUUGAGGAAAGUAUAAUUUGAAGUACUGAAAAGUUGCCAUGAUUCUCAUUUACAAAAAGAUUGAGGUUUUGAUAACCCAGCAAAGGAAAACAGCUCAUUCUGUAAGAAAUGUUCAUAUUUUAAUUUUAGUGAAUGAAGGUGCAAUUUGAUCCCA